CAAGCAGGAGUCCAACCCCCUCACAUCCCAUUUUCUCUGGUUCUGAUCAAUGAAGAGAGAGAGAGAGAAAGAAAGAGAGAGAGAGAGAGAGAGCGUGUCACAGUGUUUUCGUUCAGUACACGUUACCUCACACGCACUCUGAAGACACAGCAGCGAGAAAGGGCACCCGUAUCUAUCCGUUGCAUUACUAGCUGUUUUCUUUCCGAGAGAGCUCUGCAGACGUGAAAACACCGCGAUUCCUGCCGAAGUGGAACGCUCGCCAGUUAUCGCAGUCUUUCCUGGAUUCCCUACAACCUUCUCACCGCAUUUCUCCAUCCUAGGUUUUCUGGAAUGAGCUGUUUUCCUGCUUGCGUCGUUUCCAUGUCAGCAUGGGAACUGCCGUGUCCAAAAGGAAGAAUAUAAGAAACGAUGCGACAUCUUCCGUGGCAGCAAAAGUUAGAGCAGCGCGAGCGUUUGGAGAGUACCUGUCCCACACACACCCUGAGAACCGAAACGGAUCAGCCCAUCUCCUGUCUGACACGUUUGUGGGCCCAGACUCCCCUGGAGGUGUCCGUCACCACAACAACAACCAUCCAUACCCCCACAGGGGCUCUCCGGCCUCCCCUGAGUCCAGCCUGGUGAAGCAUCCGCUGGACCACCUCCAGCCCCCGCCCGCCUCCAUCACCACCACCAAGACCCGCCUGUCUCUGGAGCGCAGCUUCUCGGCCGAGGAGGACCAGCAGAAGUGUGUGGAGUGCGCCCUGCAGCCCGCCCGCGUCUACACCAUCACUGGAGAGCACGGUAUGCUGGGUAGCAACCGCGGCAGCAAGGAGAGCCUGGAGCUGGAGCUGCUGAAGGGGGCGUCGCCCCUAGUCCAGCCCUCCACCUCCCCCUCCUCCACCUCCUCCUCCUCACCCACCCAGCACCACCUCCGUCACGGUCACCGCAGCAACACUCACCGCGAUGACGGGAGCCAUCGUCACGGCAACCCCGUGGCCGGCGGCAGUGGCAGCAGCCAUCACUCUCUGACUGUUACCGGUGGGGGAGCCUCCCACCAUGGUCACCAUGGCAGCCACCACCACCUAUCCCAGCAGCCUCUGUCGAGCUCGGUCAGCGCGCAAAACAUCCGCAGCUGGGGCGAGGGGGGCAAGGGGGACUCACGGGAGGACUGCAGCCUCAAUGUGGUCUUGGACUCUAGUGGGGCCCCGUCCCGUAGCCAGGGCUCCCUGGAUCUAGAGAGCUCCCGCGAGGCAGGCAAGCAACACAGGCGCCUAGAGAGGAUGUGCAGUGUGGACCGGAUGACUGGGCUGGAGAGAGAGGACAACAACUGGUACCCAAAAGACAAUAUGUUCAGCUUUCAGACUGCUACUACCACCAUGCAGGCGAUAUCGGCUUUCCGGGGAUUUGUGCAGAGAAAGAGGGGAGAGAGGGAGCUGGAUUCGGCAGAAGUCAUCCAGAGGAACUUCCGGAAGCAUCUCAGAAUGGUGGGCAGCAGGAGGAUGAAGGCACAGACAUUUGCCGAGCGUAGAGCGAUGAGUUUCAACCGCUCCUGGAGUGACCCCACCCCUGUCAAGAAUGACUCUCUACAUGACCCCAGAGACAGUGGGGACCUGCCAGCCUCAUGUGGGACCCUGGAUGAGGGGGAGCGUGAGGAGCUAGACUGGGAGGAGGAGAGGGAGAUGGAGAGACUUGCCUGUGAGGGAGAUGACUUCAUCCCACCCAAAAUCAUGCUGAUCUCCUCCAAAGUCCCCAAGGCGGAGUACGUUCCCACCAUCAUCCGCAGGGAUGACCCCUCAAUCAUCCCUAUCCUCUAUGACCAUGAACAUGCUACGUUUGAUGAUAUCCUCGAGGAGAUUGAGAAGAAGCUAACAGCCUACAGGAGAGGCAGCAGAAUCUGGAGGAUGCUCAUCUUCUGUCAGGGAGGUCCAGGGCAUCUGUACCUGUUGAAGAAUAAAGUGGCCACAUUCGCCAAGGUGGAGAAAGAAGAGGACAUGAGCCAGUUCUGGAGGAGGCUGAGUCGGUUUAUGAGCAAAGUGAACCCUGAACCCAACCUCAUCCACAUUAUGGGCUGCUACGUCCUGGGAAACCCCAAUGGAGAGAAGCUGUUCCAGAAGUUGAAGAACCUGAUGAGGCCUUACUCCAUCGAAUUCGAGUCGCCACUGGAGCUGUCUGCGCAGGGAAAAGAGAUGAUUGAGAUGUACUUUGACUUCCGUCUCUUCCGUCUGUGGAAAACUCGCCAGCACUCCAAACUCCUGGACUACGAGGAUCUUUUAUGACGGGGCUCCAAGUCAAGUCAGUCCUGUAGCAGACAUACAGUCUAUACUGGAACAGGAGGACCUACUGAACGCCACUGCUCAACUCAACCCUACUGCUCAGCCCCACUGUAACAUCUAUCAUACCUGCUUUCAUCCAGGAGAGGACUGGGAGAGGGGGGUGAUGAAGAGGAGGAAGAAGAGAAGAGGGACAGGAGUGAUAGAGGGGUAGAGGAGGAGGUGAGGGGUGACAUAGCGGCUGUCAUGGUGCUGUGUGUCACCCAUUAUUUAUUUCAACCCUCCUCUUCACCGCCUUCGCAACCACAAAGGUCGAGGGUCAAAAAGGGAGACACCAAGCAGAAGGGAUGCUAGAAGGACAACAAGACCUGAAGAUGGAGAGAACGAGUGAAAGAGUAGAACGGGAGAGAGAUCUUCUGUGCUCUUGCUCUCUCCCUUAUGAAACGAGGAACAAAAACAGGUAUUGUCAUGUUUGAGGUGCUCAGCACUUUAAAGGGCAAUUGUUUGGUUCGGUUCUGGUUGCACCUCUCAGAGAAUCUGGAUUGGAAAAGCAUAAUUCAAUCCAUAUGUAGGUGUGUAUGUAUACAUCACAUGAAUAUAGUCUAGCUCUAAUCAUGUAAAUUCUCACUCUGUAAGAAUAUGAUACAUUAUUUAUGUUCGCUGUUUCUUCUGAACUCUCUUCAAUAACUCAGGUUUUAGCCAUGAAAUCAUCUCUGUUUGUUUGAUCCCCUAAUGCACCAGAUAUUGUAAUCCUCAUUGCCAUUGCUUGGGAUGAAUGUAGAUAUCAUUUAUCUUCUAUCUAUUUCAACUGAUUCAGCUCCAGAGCCAAAAGUGUAGGGGCGAUGUCACAAAUACAUAUGUGUGUGUGCAUGUGCGUUCGUAGGUCCGUGGGCGUGCGUGCGUGCGUCGUGUGUGUGCCUGCGUGCGUGUGCGUUUUCCCUCUCUGAUAUAGCCAUGCUGAACCAUUCCAUUUCACACCACAGAGUGAAGUCACUGACACACACUUCCAGCAGAUGAGUUGUGAUGUCAGGUCUGGUAUCAUGGCCAAUAGCUCAAGCAAAACCCCUAUCAGUGUUACCCGGUGGAUCCCUUUCUACUGUCUCCAUCGGAGUGAUGCCAUUUAAAUGGCCCAUGUCAAUGCCUUCCGUAAGUAGCUGUACUCCAUCUAGCCUCAAGCCUGUUGGUUGCUCUAUCCAUCAGCUAGGCCGCCCUGGCUCUCCCUCAGGACCUCUUCCUCCACUGGGCCUUAGUUCAGUCAGAAAAUAGGCACUUAAUAAAUUGGUCUGAUCUUCAUCAUUCCAAGCCAUUAAGGAGCCAUCUGGGGCUCAGCAGAGUUAUGUGCUGUAAUGUAAUGCAGGAGGGGAGAGAGAGCAGUGUGUGUGUGUGUGUGUGUGUGUGUGUGUGUGUGUGUGUGUGUGUGUGUGUGUGUGUGUGUGUGUGUGUGUGUGUGUGUGUGUGUGUGUGUGUGUGUGUGUGUGUGUGUGUGUGUGUGUGUGUGUGUGUGUGUGUGUGUGUGUGUGUGUGUGUGUGUGUGUGUGCGUGUGUUCAUCAGCAUCACACCAUAAAACUACUGUAUGAAGAACAUCAAGAACACUGGGGGCAGGCAGUCAGAUUGCCAGAGGACGGCCAGUGGACAUCUAAAAGAGAUAACUCCACACUAGUCAAAGCCACCCUGCUCACACACACAGCAUUAUUCCCUGCACAGCUAGCUCUUCUCUGUCGGCGCCAAGCUAACGCAACAUAACAUGUUUGUCUUCUUUUGUGUGGCUGUUCUGUUGUCCUUUUUCAUGUUCAUGAGGGUGAAGAGUUGAGUGGUGGAUAUCGAUGUCAUCCCUCAGAUAGAGCAAAAGAUGCCAACGUAUUGUCUGCGACGGAGAGCGCUCUCCCUGUUGGAGUCUGAGUCAUGUAACCCAGACUCUGACUCAGCAGUCAGCAGAAGUUCUAUAGGUUCUGUUCUGUUCUCUGUAGUUCAUAUAAGCCUUCGUUGCUGCAUCUAAUGAAAGAUGCAAACAGCCAUACUGUCUCUCACUCCACCCGUAUCUUUUCCUUCAUGUGACACCAAUUUCUAUGACUGUACUGUUACCUUUUCAAUAUAAAGUGUGAGGGAAAUAUAAAGUGUUUGGGAAAUAUAAAGUCUUAGGGAAAACAUAAGGAUUAAAAAGAAAUAUAUUUAAAAAAAUUAGAAUUUGUUUUAGAUAAUCAUUUAAGCUAUUUGCUUCUUGCCUCUAUCAAUGUUACUGUAUGUGGCAUGGUAUAGAGCGCAGAGUAAGAAUCCACAAACAUGUAUUUCUCCUCCAUCUGUGUUUUGUAGCAGCAACGUGGAAGAGAUGGGGGGGGGGGUAAGAAAGUUGAGAAUGCCCUAAAAUGAUUGAUGUCUCACUCUUUUUGAAACUCUCUUGCUAACAGGGCUUAAUGUGCAGUGACUCACUGUACGGUACGCUUCAGAGUUCUAGCCACUGAGGGAAAACAAAAAUGCUUGUUUUCUUUCAUGUCUCAUAGGAACUCAGACAGAGGAAGAUGCUGUUUCUCAUGCCUGCCUUGUUGACAUGGACUUUGGUCAAAAGUAGUGCACUAUAACGGAAAGAGUGUGACAUUUGGGACGAAGCCCAGUAGGUGUGCUCUUCAGCCACGUCUUCCCUCCUCCCUCCGCUGCCCACUCAGAGAUGGACGGUGGCUGGCUCAACGGGAAGAUGAUUGGCUUAGUUAGAGGAGGAUCGCUUGAUGACACUGAGGAGGCAUACAGCCCGCCCACCUGGUGGAUUAUGGCCACGUUACUGGCUGACUACAUUGCAGACACACCCAUGUCAGAUCUCACAACACCUGGAUAGGUGUUUAACAUAUCAGCAAACAACAUCAUAUGAUACAGCAGCAAUCUGAUGCCCGACUAUACAGUCGAUGGCCUGGCACACAACCAUUGGUUGAUGCAACGCAAUGUCUGCAAUGUAGUCGGCCUGGAACGCGACCAUUAUGUUUUGGGGAGGGGAAGGAAAGCCCCAUGAUUGAUAUUUAGUUCCAUUAAGAAAUCCACAGUCUGUUUUUAUUAUAUAGCAAGUAGUCUAAACUGAAUUAUAAUCAAUGAGUCAUUUAAGAUAAUGUGAUCAUUUGUUUAUUUUGGAGCACUCUGACACUCAAUGCGUUUUAUGAGGUAGAUCAAUGUAAAUAUCAACAAUAAAAUACACACUGUAUAUCUCUACUGGUGAUAAGAAUCAUUUGAAAUGACCAACAUCGAAAGCAAAUAUGUGUAGUGAACCUUUCAUUGUACUUUACCCUCAUGGUAUUGGGAGGGAGAAAAUGCCUUUUUGAGUAAAGUUGGCUAUCAAGUCUACUGAGAGAAACGAUGUACACAACUGACAUUGACUUGUACAUAAUGGGUUUUAAAGCAUAUUUUCCAGUAAAGUGUUCUGUUGAAAUUGA